GUGGAGGUGUGGCCAGCGUGUGUAUAUAUGGAUCAACAUAAGAAGGGAUACGUUUUUUAGUAGUAAUAAACCGUUUUCGAUUUAGUGAUUUAUGUGUGAACUGGAGCUUACAAGGCGGAAGAUUGCAAACCUGCUGUGGACAUGGCUGAUACAACAGAGGAGAAGUCAUUUGUUUUUGAUGUCCUGUCCAAACGCCACCAACGACAAUUAUCAAGUGUUCGACACAAGACCACGAUUCAGUAUGCUACACGGCCUGAUUUACCAAAGCUGGCCUACAGGAAACUGAAAGGGAAGAGUCCUGGAGUGGUUUUCUUGCCUGGUUUUGCCUCUGUCAUGGGUGGACAGAAAGCAGAAGCAUUAGAAGAGUUCUGCAAGUCUUUAGGUCACUCAUACCUCAGGUUUGACUAUUCUGGCUGCGGGUCAUCUGAAGGGGAAAUGGGUAACUACAACAUUGGUGCCUGGAAGAAAGAUGUCCUGUAUGUACUGGAUGAACUAGUAGAGGGCCCACAGAUUCUGGUGGGCUCCAGCAUGGGUGGGUGGCUGAUGUUGCUAGCUGCUCUUGCACGGCCAGAGAAGACAGCUGCUUUAGUGGGCAUCUCGACAGCUGCAGAUCACUUCGUCACAGCCUACAACUCCCUACCAAUAGAGACAAAGAAAGAGAGAGAGGAACAGGGCUUUUGGAAAUUCCCAACCAAGCACAAUGAAGAGGGUUUCUACACUCUGAGCAUUGACUUUCUGAAGGAGGCGGAGAACCACUGCAUACUCCAGAGCCCCAUCCCUAUUUCCUGCCCCGUUCGUCUGAUUCACGGGAUCAAGGACUCUGACGUUCCCUGGCACGUCUCCAUGCAGAUCGCAGAGCGAGUACUCAGCAAUGACGUAGAUGUCAUUCUACGCAAACAUGGGCAACAUCGCAUGUCAGAAAAAGAUGAUAUUAAGCUCAUGGUGUACACUAUUGAUGACCUUAUUGAUAAAUUGACCACAUUGGGGUGAGAACGGGUGUAAGGACAGUGUGAAAGAUGGACUAGUUGGGAUGGGGAAAACAGUGUGUACAGGUAUCAGGUUUGGAGGUUAGGCUUUUAAAGAGAAAGAAGCCAAAUUAAUUGAAUGAGAAUCUCCAAAAAAUUCUCAUUUCUUUCCAGAGCCAUAUGACUGACUUCCAUGGAACACCAUACAAUGUCCAGGUGCUGGCAUGCUCAAAAAAAGUCAUUUUCCUUCUGUAGUGACCCGAAGCUGUACAAAAGCUUUGUAAAAGGGACAGGCCAAAAUUUAAAAGAAUAGUUCAUCCAAAAAUUUAAAUUUGCUGAGAAUUUAUUCACCUUCAGGCCAGCCAAAAUGUACAAGAGUUUGUUCAUCUGAACAGUUUUGGAGAAUUGUAGCAUUACAUCACUUGCUCAUCAAUGGAUCCUCUGCAGUGAAUGGGUGCCGUCAGAAUGAGAGUCCAAACAGCAGAUAAAAACACCAUAAUCCAAACCACUCCAGUCCAUAAAUUAACAUUUUGUGAAGCAAAAAGCUAUUAAAAUUUUUUUUUUUUUUUUUUUUUUUUUUAAAUCUGUAAUAUUGCUUUCUGAAGUGAAAAAGUAGUAAAUAUGCACAGAUGAAGCACCGUUUUCCACCGAAAAUAGUUUAAAUCUAAAUAAAUAUCCGUGGAUUUUGAUAUGAAAGGACAACAGGGGAUGGACUUUUUCACUUGGACUUUUGGACUUGUAUUUUGGCAUGAAACAAUGGUUAAAGUUGAAAUAUUAUUUUUUUUUUAUAUUUUUUUUUUUUUACAAACAUGCAUCUUUUGGCUUCACAAGAUGUUAAUUGAUGGACUGGAGUUGUGUGGAUUAUUGUGAUGUUUUGCUCAGCUGUUUGGGCUCUCAUUUUGAUGGCACCCAUUCACUGCAGAUACAUUUUUCCAAAUCUGUUCUGAUGAAGAAACAAGCUCAUCUAUAUUUUGGAUGCCCUUAAUAGUAUAUAUUCAGCAAAUGUUAAUAUUUUGGUGAACUAUUCAAUUAAAUUGUGAUUCACUGAAAAUCAUGCCCUCCGCAGUAGCUCUCAAAUAUAAUGAAAUGCAUUGUGCCAAGUUUGAAUAUACAUAAGCAUUAUUGAGAUUUAAGAGCUAUGAGAAGGCAAGAAUUUCAGUGAUUAAUUGCUUCAGUAACACUUUACAAUAAGGUUUCAUUUGUUAACAUUAUUCAGUGCAUUAUGCAUUGAGCAAUAUUUAUUUACAGAAUUUAUUAUCCUUGGUUAAUUUUAAAAUAAUAUAGAUUAAUAACUGUAGAAUUAUUGUUUAUUAUUCAUGUCAACUAAUGUUAACAAAUGAAACUUUUUUUGUAAAGUGUUACCAUCAGUUCAAUUUCAUCACAAACCAUAAUGCUAAACCAUUGUAGACAUAGAAAUGAGAACUCCACAUCCAACUUGCCUUGUUUUUUUUUGUUUUUUUUACUAUUGUUUCCUGUUACAUUUUAAUGUGACCAUAAUUGUAAUGCUGUGCCACGUAGGGACCUUUUUUUUUCUUUUUCUUUUUUUAAAGAUUUCCAACUUUGAGUUGGUUAAGGUUUGUUUUUUCUGAAGUGCUCAGAGGACAGUAGCUGUCGUUUUUCAGUGUCUUUGUCUUGCAUUUUAUGAGAGCAUGUUUUGUUUAUCACUACCAGAGGGGAUACACUUCUGAAGAACAUAGUUAGAUUUUCAUAGAACAUAGAUUUUAUUGUGAGCUGCUUACUCAAAAUUAUGAAAUUUAUGAGCAAUCUUGGACAAAGAAAAUGUGGGACACAUCACUUGGUGUAUUUCUGUCUGUUAUUUGGAUCUCUCUUUGGGUGUAUUUGAAACAGAGACAGAGUGGCUAGAAGAUGCUAUUUAUAUAAGUAGCUAAUGGGACAGAGAUUAUUUAAGCAUUUUGAAUCACUUUGUGCACAAAUUAUGAACAAUUUACUGGUAGAAAACAUUUGUGCUUACUACAAUAUAUCAGGCUGGAUUGGUGAACCACAUAGUAUUUUUAUAUAAAGCCAUUUAUUUGGAAUGGGUAUGGAAUGUUGACUUGAUUUAACUGGAAAUUCACUGUGGUGUUUUCUUCCUAUGACUUCAUUUCAGCACCUGGUUUUUCUUCAUGCAUUAGUGCAAGGAUGUAGCCACAGAACAAUAAUAGAGAUGUCAGUGUCUACCUUUCAGGAAUCUUUUUUUUUUUUUUGGGGGGGGCCAGCUGUAAUUUAUGUGCUAUUCCGAUGGUGAUUCUUCUGGUUACAAAAGUUGUGUGUUCUUUUUACUUUUCAUUUUUUUGAUUUUUGGAGCACAAAUGUUCCCAGAGUUUGAUUACCACAAGUAUUAUCAUCUUUCUCUUCUCUUUGUCAGCAUUAAAUGCUUUAUUAUCUCAUUCCUUUGUAGGCCUUUCCGAAUUUCUGUUAGCUCAUAUUAAACACUUAUGUUAUAAUGUUAUAAAAUGUAAAAUGUAUCACGUCAUGUUUUCAAAUAUGUAUAAAUCUAUGUCAUGUAUAAAAAUAAGUCUUUUUAUUAUUAAACUGGAUGG